CGGGCCAGGAUGCCGGUGCUGGAGCGCUUCUUCCCCGCGGCAGAGCCGGGCAGGCGGAGGAGGACGGGGGAAGAGCCGAUGCCCUUUCCCAUGGGCAGCCUGCCCGGUUAUCAGCAGGGGACCCUGGCCUGGGACUUGCCCGAGAUGAUCAAGAUGGUAAAGCUCGUUUGGAAAUCCAAGGGGGAGCUCCGCGGGGCGAAGCACAGAGGGGUUUUGGAGAGCGAGGAUGCCCUGGGCGGUUCGGCAGGAGAUGCACGGGUGAGAGGUCAGACAGGGGUUCUCUCCGAGCGCCGCGGCUCCUACCCGUUCAUAGACUUCCGUCUUCUUAACAAUACUACACUCUCAGGGGAAAUCGGCACCAAGAAGAAAGUGAAAAGACUGUUAAGUUUCCAGAGGUAUUUCCAUGCAUCCCGGUUACUGCGUGGAAUUGUACCACAAGCCUCUCUGUACCUACUGGAUGAGGACUACCUUGGGCAAGCAAGGCAUAUGCUAUCCAAAGUGGGAAUGUGGGAUUUUGACAUUUUCUUAUUUGACCGCUUGACAAAUGGAAACAGUCUUGUAACACUGCUUUGUCACCUCUUCAAUGUGCAUGGACUUAUUCACCAUUUCCAGUUAGAUAUGGUUACAUUACACAGGUUUUUAGUUAUGGUUCAAGAAGAUUACCAUAGCCAAAACCCAUACCACAAUGCUGUCCAUGCUGCUGAUGUCACACAAGCUAUGCACUGCUAUCUGAGGGAGCCUAAGCUUGCCAACUUCCUCACCCCAUCGGACAUCAUGCUCGGACUGCUAGCUGCUGCGGCUCAUGACGUGGAUCAUCCAGGGGUCAACCAACCCUUUCUGAUCAAAACUAAACACCACCUUGCCAGCCUGUACCAGAACGUUUCAGUGCUAGAAAAUCAUCACUGGCGAUCUACGAUAGGCAUGCUUCGAGAGUCACGGCUCCUCGCCCAUCUGCCCAAGGAGGUGACACAGGACAUCGAGCAGCAGUUGGGCUCCCUGAUCUUGGCAACAGACAUCAACAGGCAGAAUGAGUUUCUGAUCCGUCUGAAAUCUCACCUUGACAAUCAGGAUUUGAGGCUGGAGGAUGCACAAGACAGACAUUUUAUGCUUCAGAUUGCACUCAAGUGCGCUGACAUUUGCAACCCUUGCCGGCUCUGGGAUCUGAGCAAACAGUGGAGCGAACGGGUCUGCGAAGAGUUUUACCGGCAAGGUGACCUGGAACAAAAAUUUGAACUGGAAAUAAGCCCCCUUUGUAAUCAGCAGAAGGAUACAAUACCAAGCAUACAGAUCGGGUUCAUGACAUACAUCGUAGAGCCACUCUUUGAGAGGUGGGCCCAGUUUACAGGCAACACCCCCCUAUCUGAAAAUAUGCUAAACCAUCUCAGGAGGAACAAGGCCAAGUGGAGGAGUUUGCUCCACAAGCAACACAGCAGUAGUAGGAGCAAUGACCACUCAGGUCAAGUGACUGGCAGCCAAGAACAGACUUUAAAUAAGGAAGAGACUCCUUAGUGGCAGCUUUGCACUUUUCCUUAUAGCACUGCUAUCUCCGUCUUGAUCACAGCAGCAAACAAAAUCCCGGGGAGCUAGAAGCCUGUUGUCAAGACCGUGGAAAGGGAAGAAAUGGCAAAGCAGAAGCUGUAAGGGUCCUCACGAACAAGCCCGCAGUUCUGCUGGGAUCCUUUCUGGAUCUCCUUCACGUUCCUCUCCCCUCUCUUCAUUCUGCGCAUGCCUGAAGCCAUUCGUCACUUCUGAUCAUGAACUGCCUGAAUGCGGAGUCCCACUCAGCAGUACUGAAGCCGGGCCGGUUACAGCUGCCGUGAAGCAGGGAGGAUUACUGAGAGAACAGGAGAGAGAGAGGCACUCUUGGUUAUAUAUUCAUUUACCACGAGUCAUACUGUGACAUAUGUAUAUAGGCCCAGAGCGCCGUAUGCUUUCCAGGCUGGCAGCUGGGCUGCACAUUAAACCACCAGCAUCUUCAGCAUCCAGAGGACACCGGCUGAGUGAGGCAGCACUCGCAGAGGGCAGAGAGAGUCUGGUUAUUUUAGUAAUUAAAACAAAAACCUUUUUAGCUUUUGUAUUCUGUGCACUAAACAACAGAUCUAUAAACCUUGGACUGAAGUUCCUCUCCGUAUACACAACUCCAGUGUAACAAGGCUCAUUUUGGUAAUCAUUUUUAUGCCACUUUGGAUAAAAGACGGGCAUCUUCUCAUUGCAAGGAACAGUAUUCCCUCGCAACCAAAAGGGAAGGUGUUGUACAGUCUAAACCUUUGAAACACGAACAGAUCUAUCUUUUGAGUACUGUUUCAAGUAACAUGUUUAUAUUCAUAUGUGUACAUUUUCUGUAAAUACAAAGCGCUACUGAUUCCCAUGCCAAAAUACUGGAGUACUGUGGGAUUGCUACCUGUAAAAACAUUGGCACUGUGAACAGAAUACUGUUAGUUUUAAUACAAAAGAAAGCAUUUGUAAAUAUGGUAUAGAGUUUAUUAAUAUACACCAUUGUUUGUGGAUAAAAGCCUUAACUUUUAGCAUCAUUCAUCUUCUGAUAGCUGCCAAAAUCAUAUGAUCACAAGAUAUGAUUCUGAACUGCCUUUCCACUAUCCAAGGUGUAUCAAAGGUCAUUAAGGAAUGAAGUCUGGCAGGAUAACUUCUUGAAAACUUCAAACACAUUCCAUAUGGGUCCGUGUUGUUAAUCCAUGGCACCUUGCACAUUUGGUCUAGGCAAAUGCUUCACAGAGCCUGAAGUUUUAAGUUCAAAAAAAACCAAAACCCACAGCAACACCACAUAAUUUGACAGUUCAACCUGAUUACCAUUUAUUCAAGAGUGUGAAUUUUUAUUAAAUAGCUUAGUGAUCUACAAAGCACGACAUUCUGAUAGUUCUGGAGUCCAAUUGUUUUCUCGAGUGAUGUUGCAGUGUAGCUGAUUUUUCCCCCACAUUCCCUCCUUAGGUAGCCAGCAUCAAAAUGCAUUUGUAUUUUUCUUUUCAUUAAAAAAAUACUUCAACUGACUUUUAGAUCAGUCUCACUCAAUGAAGGACAAAAAUGUGUUGUAGUCAGACUAUUAAGAAAAAUCCUCUUAACUAUCAUAGUAGCUGAGGAAUUUUCUAUGGUCUCACGUUUGUGAAAGAUACAUGGCCUUAUCUAUGCCAUAAACAACCUCAGUUCAGAUAGUCUCUAUAAAACUUUACUUAAGCUUCCGUCAUUUCAAUGAGAUUUGUAUUCUCGGACACUACUGCAUUGCACCAAAGUGAUUGUCCCCUUCUCCUCUGCCCCCAGAAAAAUUAAUUGCAUUCAGGUAAAGUAUAGUGUUGUUGUAAACCCCCAGUACAUUGAAUCUGUAUAGCUGUUUUCCAAAAGAACUAGCAGAUAUGGCCAUAUAAUCAUGUUUGGAUGUGAAUAUCUUGGAGAGGUCAACAAAGUAAGAGCUAUUUAAGCUGGUGUUUGAGAAAGAUAAUAUUUACUCAUAGAAGUGCAAGGGGAGAUAUAAUAGAAUUUUUCUCAAUUACAGGGAAUAUUGACUUGAUUAGACAAAGUGUUCAUGCUCAUAAAGGUGAUAAAUAUGUUUAAAGGAAAAUAAAAAGCAUAAGUUUUAGUAAGGGAUGUUUACUCUACUAAUUCAUUGGACAUGUAUCUUCAGAGAAAGAGACUGAAACCCAGUGAAGUAGGAAGGUGGAAAUCACUGUGAGAACGCAAAGCAUCCCAAGAACAAUGUUUUUCUUCUUCUCUACUGUUUUGUAAGCUCUGAGCAGUAGAAAACAUUCUUCUUCCUCCCUCCUAAAUGGGACUCACAUAUUAGAAGUACCAUAACAAGCAAAGAGAGAGUUGUAGUAGAAUAAAAUUAUUUCUAACUACAGGACAUAAAUGUCUUUUUAACCACCUGAUGGUGGGGGCGGGAGCAUCACCACUUUGCAGCUUUUUAGGUGCAUCUUUCCUUCUCCUGACAGAUUUAGGACAAUUAUCAGGACAUUACGUGAGCAGUGUAAUGUGCUCCUUAGAAGCACCUAAGUACAUACAAAAGGAUAUAAUUUCCCUUGUUUUGUCUUUUUACUAAGAAAUGGAAGCCAUUUUCCAUCUAGUUCAAAUAAUUUUUUUAAAAUGUUCUGAAGUUUAGUUAAACAAACCCGAUGUCUAGCAGCAUAAAAAGCUCUUGCCAGAUACAUUGUUGAGCUGUUUCUGAGGAGCUUCCAGAAAAUAGGUCCAACAGGAAAGCUUAGGUACAAAUCAAGUUCUGUUAUAGCUACAAUAAAACCAAGACCUUUGCUGUAAUUAGAGCCUACAGGGUCCAUUACAAGUCUGCUCUUACCAAGUUAAAACUUCCCAACUUUGAAAAGCUGCUCUUAAAAUGAACAGGUGGUGGGUUUUUUUGGUGCACUGAACAUACUUGCUAGAUUUCAAUCACCUUGUCUAAGGAAACAAUGCUUGAAAUAGGUUCAGGGUGGCUCCAGAAAUGCGUCUGUACUUGGAAGCCAAACCCAUUACACAAGUUUGGGUCUGGACCAGUUUGCCUCAGGUGCUCUAGACAGAAGUGCGCUGGCAAGUUAGGCUCUGGCAGCAGAUGCCUGGCAGCCAGAUUCACUGGGGUCUGCAAUGCAAAAUGCUACCAUUUGAUUGCCCAUAGAAGCAGCCAAACCGUACCCGAUACAGCCAAUCCAACAGCACCAGUGCUCAGUAUAUGCAGUUGUGACAUAUAUUCGGUAUUCUCUAGUUUGGAGGACAUUUCUGUACUGGGAUUUCCCCCCAGGAUGCCAACAGAAUGCUAGAUGCAUGGAACAGAAAAACAUCUAUGCAGAUAAUACAGAUUUCUGUCUUGUCAGCCCUAUUAGCCACUUUACAGAAAGCCCUUGUAAAUUUUUCUUUCUUACUGGGCCAGUGCAGCUAAAAGAUUCUAAAGUUUUUAAAAUGAGUUAGGUUUUUCAUAUAAGGAAAGAAGCAGAAAACUGCUAAAAGCAGGAGCUUAAAAUGCGUUUAUGCCCACAAAUACAAUUCAUUUGAUUAAAACCUAGUUUCUUUAAAUGCAGAUUUCAUACCAUCAAAGAGGCAAAUUCUGUAUAAAUAACAAUAAUAAAGUAGUGAUGAGUGAAACUUUUAGGCUGGUUAAAAUAAUGCAUAUGUAUGCAUUUUCGUUAAGUAAAGAUUUUACCUACCUUUGGUUUUUUAAGGGUCAGUGUUCCAGCCACCAGCCAAAAGGGGAAAAAGGACUAUUGAAAAUGUGUACCUUUGAAAUACAGAAAGAGAGGAGUAGCUGAGAUUAAGUAGAGUCUAUGGAGGAAAAAAAAAAAAAAACGCACAUGAUCUGCAGUUGUAUCUAACCUAAUCUACAACAUGGGUCAAUUAUCCUUGUAUAAACUAUUGGUUUUCAUAGAAAGAAGAAAAAGUCUCUCCGAAUGAUCGGUGAGAAGGCUGCUACCACAGUAAAUGAGAUAAGCCUGUUUUCACACUGCAUAGCUAUCUCACCAGCUUUUCCAAUCUGUGGUUGAAAUUUUUGUUAAAAAUUUCCAACAAAACAGAGACAGAAUGCAUACUAGCCCUUCCAAGUGGACUCUCCUUGGAAAGGAGAAACACUCAAGUAGUUAUAAUUUCAUUUGCAGGUAUCAGUCAGGGUACCAGCCAUAAUUUAUAGCCUUAUAUUUUAAGUCACUCAGCUGAGUUGUCCAUAAAGUACUCCCGUUCCCCUCCUGACACCACCAUCCCCCGCUCACGGCCCACAAAAAUCAAUACUUAAAUUUGAAUUAAGAUGCUGCAAAUCCAGAAAAAGCCACCCCAAAACACAUACAAAAUGAAACCCCAAGGCAAGCUUCAUGCCAUGAAUAUGUAUCCAAAUUACUUUGAUUGGUGCAAACUAUUAUUCUAUUAUUUGUUUCUAUAAUCCAUCCGAUAUUUUAGGUACAUAAACUGCAGAGCAUACGUUUGACUUGGAUGUAAAAUAUAUUCUGCUUAUCUUUGAAUUCAAGAUUGUAUAUGUCAUGUUUAUUGUAAAGCAUUUUAUAUAUACAUAUUCACAUAUCUUACACAACUCUAUGGGCCAAACACUGGUCCCACCAACUUCACUGGGACCAAGAAUCAGCCCCCAUAUGUGCGUAUAUAUGCCAUACGCAUCAUUCUGAAAGGAAGCACUAGAUUGUGUGAAAAUGCUGUGACUGCUAUGCAGUGAUGCCAAGAGACUUAACUGUAUCUUUUUUAACAUACUGCUGUAAGUAUUCAUCAUGUCAAAGAAUGACAACUAA